ACAACAACGAGGACGCUGACGACGCUGACGACGAAGAAGAAGAAGAAAAAGAAGAAGAAAACGAAAGAGACGAAAUUACAACGACGAACGACGGUGCGUGCGAAAGUCACGAGACAUGCAGCAACAGCAACAGUCCGGACAGCAGCAACAGCAAUCCGGAGCACCGAACGGGGUGGCGGGUGGUGCCCAAUUGCCUCAAACAGGUGGCGUCAGUCCUGCUCAGCCUGGUGCAACUGGCACGACUACUGCUACUAGGCCACAGGUGAACGGUGGUAGAUUCGACUUCGAUGAUGGUGGUACUUAUUGCGGUGGAUGGGACGAUGGCAAGGCUCAUGGACACGGUGUUUGUACCGGACCCAAGGGACAAGGUGCUUAUUCCGGUAGCUGGCAUUAUGGAUUCGAAGUCUCCGGCGUUUACACUUGGCCAAGUGGGUCGGCUUACGAGGGACAAUGGCAAAAUGGCAAAAGGCACGGUCUCGGAAUGGAAACCCGUGGACGUUGGAUUUAUCGUGGAGAAUGGACUCAGGGAUUCAAGGGUCGUUAUGGUGUCAGACAAUCUACCACAUCUACGGCAAGAUACGAAGGUACAUGGGCCAGUGGUCUUCAAGAUGGUUAUGGUUCCGAGACCUACGCUGAUAGCGGUACCUAUCAAGGACAAUGGCUUCGAGGUAUGAGACACGGAUAUGGAGUAAGAGCAAGUGCACCAUUUGGUUUGGCGAGUCACUACAAACCACCAAAACAAGUAAGAGCAUCUUUAACGUCCUUAAGAAGUGCGGAUGGUGGUCCAGUGACUGCACCAACACCUGAUCCAACCGAUAAGAGAGAUCGUCGAGUGGACGAUAGUAGAGGAGGAUUUGUAUUGAAAGCCAGGAGCGAUGAUCCUCCAGCACGAAGAAAGAGUUUAACAGAAAAAUCAUUGAAAAAAGGAAUUCUUUCGGGUUUAAAGAUUCGAAAACAAAAGAGCACGGGUGAUUUGGAAAAACGUGGAACAGGAGGAAGUAUUCGAAGUAAUGCUAGUUCAGCAUCAUGGAUGUCAACAGAAAGUUCACAGAGCCAAGCUUCAGCGUCCGUCCAUACCGACAGUAAUGCGUCUUUUGUCAUCGAGGAUGAACAGAUGGACGCAUCUGUAACCGAGACUUAUCUUGGCGAAUGGAAAAACGACAAGAGAACUGGUUUCGGUAUAUCGGAAAGAAGCGAUGGUUUGCGUUAUGAGGGGGAAUGGUUCAACAAUCGAAAGUACGGUUAUGGAGUGACAACAUUUAGGGACGGUACCAAAGAAGAAGGAAAGUACAAGAACAACGUGUUGAUUACUAGUCAAAAGAAGAAACAUUUAUUUCUGAUAAGAUCGGCCAAAUUUCGCGAAAGGAUAGAAGCUGCUGUUAGUGCAGCUCAAAGGGCGAGUAAAAUAGCAUUACAAAAAGCGGAUAUAGCAAUUUCAAGGACAGCAACGGCACGAGGGAAAGCCGAGUCAGCUGACCACGCUGCCGAUCAUGCUAGAGACGAUUCCGAAUUAGCUCAACAAACAGCUAAACAGUUUGCUCCAGAUUUCAGACAACCCGGUUUGGAGAGACUGAAAAAUCGGGAAAUUCCUAAAUACGUACCGCCACCUCAGGACACUGUACCUGGUAAAAGUAUUCUUCAUAAGAGCACGACGUUUGAUCAAACGAUUGGAUCGACCCCUACGAAGUCAGCCAUUUCUAACGUCGAUUUGACCGCAACGACGACGACAACAACGACCACGACGACUACGACAGCAACAACAACGACGAUGCCAUCUACCUCGAUGACAGCGAGCAACGUGAUGCAGUCGAUAAGAAGGGCUAGCAUGAAGCCGCAAAAUAUGAUGCAGAAUCAAAUACCCAAUCAGAUCACACCUAAUCAAAUUUCCAAUCAGAUUCCACAAAUGGUCAAUGCUCAAAAUACUACUCUUCCAAUGCAAAAUCCUUAUCAGACGCAAUACGUUCCAACAAUGACACAAAACUCGCCUCAACAGAAUCAACCAUAUCCUAAUAGCAUACCAAAUCAGUAUCCCCAAAGUCCUUAUCAACCAAAUCAAUAUACCAAUCAGCCUAACGCAUAUAACCCGGCUCAAUAUCCUCCUUCUGCUAACCCAGCCCAGCUGGAUCCUGGGUAUACUGGAUAUCAGCAGCAACAGACGCCGGCUAAAUCACAAGGAUUCCAAAACAUGCAACCUUAUUUAAAUCAACAGAUCAUGUAUCCGCAAGCCCCGGUUAUGUACGGUCCAAUGACAUACGCCCAAAUCAAUCAAUACGAAGCUCAGCCUUAUGGUACGACGGUGCCGAAUCAGUACGGACCCAAUCCGAUGAAUCAAUACAAUUCACAGUCAAUGUUAUCUCAACAACAGCAACAACAACAACAACAACAACAGCAACAGCAGCAACAACAACAGCAGCAACAAUCACAACAAACGCAACAAUCUAUGCAACAAUAUACUGAUGGGAUUGCUGAUAUUCAAAGGCCACCAAGUUCAACGAGUAUACGAAGGAAUAGCAGAAUUUUAAGUCCGCAGGACAGACCAGGAAAUAUUGGACAAACUUUGAACGACAGAUUGGAUCAUUACAAAAGGCCACCAAGUCGUGACAGUUCCGUAGAUCGUUAUGCCAGAGCUCAUUCCCGAUUAACUGGAUCAAGACAGCCGUCUGUUGAUAAAACCAUAACAAAUCCAUCCACGGAUUUAAUCGACAGAUCAACGAGGGCACCCAGUGUUAUGCGAUCCGGCACACCAUUGAAUGGCUCGGUAAUAGGAAGCGGAACGGCGACACCGACUUAUGCGGCAUCAACUUCCGGUCAAUUUGAAGGAGCACUUCUAAAGAACCGCAACCUUGGUCAAGACAUCCUACCGAGUCCUGGCCAACCUAAACGAACCGAGAGCCUCUAUGUUACACCAGCACGUACUCCUAACAUUUCCGGUGGUGGAGGUGGAGGUGGAGGUGGUGGUGGUGGUGGGGGUGGUGGAGGAGGUGUUGGAGGAGGCGGUGCAUCUAAAGCGAUGCCAGUUGCAGCGAUGACCCUUCAACGAAAGAAGUCACUGCCGGAUGUGGCACAAGGUAUUCAAUUAACGGCAACAGCACCAUUGUCGAGGGAAGAAGUUAGUGUUCUAAGUAGUAUGAGGAGAGAAGAAAUCCGUAGGCAGAUCGAUGAGAGAGAAAGGCUCAGGGCCAAUCCUUUUCUCUACCUGGUCAGUCCUCAGGUCAAAGACUGGUUCUCCCGGCAACAGUUGGUGAUGCUGGUACUUUUUAUCAACAUAUCCCUAGCCCUGAUGUUCUUCAAGUUGCUGACGUAGCAGCCAGCCAAUGAUCGGGUUCACGGACUCGUGGUGGACGUGACCUGAGACCAAAGGGUAUUCUGACGCCCUGGGUCGUCAUCAAACGUGGCAUAAAUUUUCAAGAGAAAGGAAAAUAUCAAGAAAGUAUGGUAAAUCAAAUUUACGAUGCCACACAACCGACCGUUGAAAACGGUUUUUUUUUUCGAGUUACUGAAAAGUAGACGAGAAUGAAAGAAAUAAAAGAAAAAAAGGGAAAACUAAGAAAUGGAUAAAUGAAAACGAGGAAGAAGUAUGUAUCUCACCUUUCGUGUCCUUGAGGAGGAACGAUUUUGUGAGACAAUUUUUAUCGUAGGAAUUUUGAACUUCUACGAAAAUAAGAAUGAAUAAAACCACACACAGAAAAAAAAAAGAAGAUGUUGAAACAAACGAAACGAUAAACUAUAUAUUUAAAAAAGGAUAAUUUUUCGAUUAAUGAAAGAUUGUCCAAUCUAGUCGAUAGAAAUAAACAAAGAAACAAACAAACAAUACAAGUAUAAAUACAAAGAGAUACCGAAAAUGAGGAUAAUACGAGAUAGAGGAACAAUUUCCGGGCUUAUUAUUAUUUUUACACCCGGUAGAAUUUACGAAGACACGAGGUCCAGAUUUCAAAAAAGGAAUAAAAAUAAUAAAAAUUACAAACGAAUGGAUUAAUAGAGAAAAACAAAAAAAUAAGAAAGAAAGAAAGAGAAAGAGAGAGAGAGAGAGAGAGAGAGAAGUAUAUUAUAAUUUAUCAAGCGCGUUGAGAUUUAUGAUGGAAUGGAAAAAAAAAAUAAUAUAAUAAAAUAGAAAUGAAAGAUCGAUUUGAUUGGUCGCGUCAACGCGAUCUCCCCACCCUCCCUCGGCGCCAUUAUCAUACCUAUUUUUACACCGAUAUUUUAAUAAUAAGACUACUACUACUACUACUACUACUACUACUACUACUACUACUACUACUACUACUACGAUUACUUACUAUUACUACACAACUGCUACUUCUAAUUAUUAUAAGAGUAGGGGUCGAGUCUUGUUUAUAAAAAAAAAAGUAAUAAUAAUAAUAGUUAAGCCGAAUAAUACGCGGCCGAACCAUUAUGCGCACACGAACGAACAAAAAAAAAAA